AGUCACUUUCUCUUGUGCUGAUUUGGAAAGCAUACGCUAUGUCUACUCUUCCUACAGUCAUUGUCUUUGGUGGUACUGGUCCGACGGGCGAGUCCAUUGUCAAUGGUCUAUCCGAGUCGAAGGCCUUCAACGUUGUGGUCCCGACCAGACCGUCUUCAAUCUCCAAACCUAACAUCGAGGCAUUUCGCGCCAAGGGCGCCUCCGUAGUCCCUAUAGAAAUUUCCUCGGCCACCCACGAUCAACUGAAGGAGCUCAUGAAAGGAGCGGACACCGUCAUCUCUGUCCUUGUGUAUACCCAGCUUCAACUACAGAGGAAGCUUGUCGACGCAGCAAAGGAAGCGGGUAUCAAGAGAUUCAUACCAUGUGACUUUGGUACUACGGGUAAGAGAGGUUGGAGAGAGCUCUACGAUGAGAAAUUGGGCAUCAGGGACUACGUGAAAGAGUCGGGCAUCGGUUACACUUUCGUCGAUGUUGGCUUUUGGUAUCAAGUAAACCUUCCUAUGAUAUCCCCCAAACAAACUCCCUAUCCUUUUGCAUUCGAACCCUCUCGCUACUUCUAUGGUGAUGGGAACACCAAGACCGCGUGUAUUGAUUUGGGCGACAUCGGUCGCUUUGUCGCCCGUAUAAUCGCCGAUCCCAGGACGUUGAACCAUUAUGUAUUCGCAUGGGGUGAAGAGCUUACGCAGAAGGAAUUAUUCGACUGCGCACGCGAAUUAGGAGAUCCAAACUUUCAAUUCAUUCCGAAAUCUGCGGAAGACUUGGAACAGCUUCUUUCGAACACCGAUAUCCCCAUCACUCUCUGGCAGUAUCACAAAAACAUGUGGGUACUCGGCGAGAAUACUGUCGAGAACGCCAAGAAGGAAGAGUUCGGUGGAGCUCUAGAUGCGAGGGAGCUGUAUCCCGAUCUGAAGGUAAAGACGCUGAGGGAGGUGGCCCCGGCAUACUACGCGCCAUACAAGGUCUAGUGAAGGCCCUUGUAGCUUUUGUUUGCCGCGGAGUAGUUGAAGAAAUAUAGACAAUGGUUCAGGACUGGAUCAUAAAUUCGGCUUGAAUUUCGCUAUUUAAUGUCAUUCAUCUUGAAGCAUCACUCGUCAUUCCAACUCUCCGAGACAAAGUACUUACAAUCUAUCAAUUACGAGUUGGU